AUGCGGGCUUCAGGAUGCACGCUGAUGAGACUGGCUGUGAUGCUCCUGGCCUGCCUAUGCGGAGUUGCGGCAGUGGUGCGGUCGGCGGAGCGGGCGCAAUUUGACGAGCAUGUGGCGCGGGCGCGCAAGCUCACACAGCAGUUUCCCAAGUCUCCCGAUGCACACCUGAAGCUUGCAAUGGUGCUCCAUCACCUCAACGAGCUCUCCCCCGACGGCGGCAGCCGCAUCCCCGAGGCCGAGGCCGCCUACCGCGCCGCCCUCGACCUCGCCGCCGCCUCCGCCUCGGCCGACGCGCUGAUCACGAUCCGAGGCAACCUCGGGGCCCUCCUGCUCAACGGCGGCCGCGUGGCCGACGCCAUCGCAGAGCUGGACGAGGCGCUGGCCGCGGCGGCGCGGCUGGGCAGGCCCGAGAGCGGGACGUGCGCGCUGGCGUUCAACAGGGGCAAGGCGCUGGCGGCGGCCGGCCGCCUCGACGACGCCGACGCAGCAUACCUCGGGGCCGCGAGGGCGGCAGCCGGGCGCGACCUGGCGACGUACGGCAAGGCCCUCGCGGCGCUCGAAGCGCUGCCCGCGGCCGACGCCGCCGCGGCUGCGAAGGUGGCGCGGCGAGGGCGCGAGCUGCUGUCGGCGAAUGCCGGCCUGGGGUUCUUGCUGGACCUGGAGGCUGGUUGGCCGUCGGCAGCAGAGGCGGAGGCGAUCGCGGCCGACCUCGCCGCCGACACCAACAGAAGCAGCGGCGGCGGCGGCGGCGGCGGCGGCGGCGGCGGCGGCGGCGGCGGGGGGAGCACGUCCAGGGGCGACGAGGGCGGCGAGGGUGGGGACGCCUGGAUAUCGGACGGCGCGGCCCAGGACCUGUCUUGGCUGCACUUUGCGCUGUACAAGCGCGCCCACCGCGCGCGGCGGCCGGGCUUGGCGUGGGCCUAUUUGGAGGCCGGCAACCGCCUGAUGGCGUCGACGGGGUCGUACGACGCGGCCGGCGAGAGGGAGGCCACCGAACAGGUCAUGGAGGUGUUCCCGGGCCCCUUCGACCGAAAGUACGGCUACCAGGCCAGCAGCGGCGCCAUCUUUGUCGUCGGGGCGCCGAGGUCUGGCAGCACCCUGGUGGAGCAGAUGCUGGGCAGCCACUCUCAGGCGCGAGGCACGCGGCGCGCGUACGCGGCCGGCGAGGACACCCUGCUGGCCCCGCUGGCCACCGAGAUGCAGGUGCUGCUGGCCGACCCCUCCUCCGACCACGCGGCCGUGCUGGAGCGCUACGGGCGGCGCUACCUGAAGCGCAUGCGCGCGCGCGCGCCGGGGGUGGCGGCGGGCGGGCCGAAGCCGAAGUACGUGAUUGAUAAGAUGCUGAUGAACCUGUGGCGCGUCGGCCACAUCCUGCUCAUGCUGCCCAAUGCCUGCAUCAUCCAUGCGGCGCGCCACCCCCUGGACGUGGCCAUGAGCUGCUACGCGCAGCCCUUCAGCUACUCGUCCAUGCCCUGGGCCUGGGACCUGGACGACAUCGCAGAGCAGCUGGACAUGACGUGGACGCUGGCGUCCCACUGGGAGGCCGCCGCGCCCGGCCGCGUCACCACGGUGCUGUAUGAGGACCUCGUCGCGCACCCCGAGGCUGUAAUCCGCGAGGUCCUGGCCGCCUGCGGCAUGGCCUUCGAGCCGCAGGUGCUGCGCUUCCACGACGUGGCGAAGAACAACGCGGUGCACACCGCCAGCCAGGCGCAGGUGCGCAAGCCGCUCUAUACAUCGGCCGUCAGGCGGUGGGAGGCGUAUGCUGAGCACCUUGGGCCGCUGCGGCGGCGGCUCGCUCGGUGGAUACAAGCGUACGAGGCGCGACUCUCGGAGGCCGAGGCGCAGCGAGCCCGCAGCGGCAGCCAGGGCGGCGGCGGCGCCGGCCCGGGCGAUGCACAGGGUGGCGUCAAGGGGGAUCGUGUUGAGAGCGCGGCAGCGGAGGCGGUACCUCCUGGCCGGGAUGAGCUGUGA